AUGUCCAUUUCCUUUAAGGAGCUUGUUGCUCUUCGCCGCGUGCAUCUUGCGCAACAGCAGCAGCAGCAGCAACAACAACAAAAUCAACAGCAAUCGUUGGACCAGUGGUAUCGAAAUCAUGUGGCGAUGUCUUCAAUUUCUCCUCCACCCAUCAGUCGGGAGGCGGUUGAAACCGAAGAAAGUCCCAUAAAUGAUUGGGAUGGAGCCGAUGAUGGUGUGUCGACCGAGCAACAGCUCCCUGCGUGGUUGCGGGAGGAGUCUCCAACAGCCACUACUGCUCCUCUUCAUCCGUGGUCCCAGCCAGUCGUGGGAAGGUACACCGUGGGGGAGGAAGUGCCCGUGGGCAAGGAGCCCAAGGUUAUGGUGCCGCGCGAAGAUCUCAAAGGUGAACUUCCGCGUGUGGAGGUGAUGCGGCGGUGGCGACGACGUUACGACGAGGUCUCAGUGGAGACCUUAUUGAAGGAAAGGAACAUCAUUGUGGAUGGUGAGUUUACGGGGAAUAAACCGGGUUCCUACCAAUCCUUGUUGCCCCUUCACGCCUUUGACGACAGACGCUACGAGGAGUUAUCCCCAGAAGAGUGGUUGGGAAAGCGUGAUGAGACGGGCGGGGUGUCGUGCAAGGCGCUGCACAACAGGGGGAAAUGGCGCUGGCUUCCAGCACGUGUAACCGAGUGGAAUGCAAAAACCAACAUAUUAACUGUGGAAAUUGCUGAUAUCAAAGAGGAUGGCGAUAAUUUGAAAAGUCCUCAAAGGGAAAAUGGUGCAGUAGUUGCGCUUCCGCGUUUGUAUGUAUGCUUUGAUGCUGAAAACCCACGGAAUUUCGUAGAUCGUUUUGCAGAAGCCUGUCGUUUGCGAACGCUGGUUGAGAGUGUACUCCGUCAGCAACUGUACGUGGAGUCCAUUCCGCCGGAUGAGUAUCAGGUAGUUGACCCGUUGGUAUUAGAACGUGUGCACAAUUUGAGUCUUAACACGCCCAGGCUUCGAGAAAAUGAGGCCGCUCUUUCCGUGAACAGGCUCUUGGAGGAGGUGCGGACGGAUUACUCUCGUGUCAUGAACUUUGAAUUGAUGAGGCAAACAACAAAAAAUGGCGCCCUGACGCAGUUAUUCAGUGGCUCAGGGCUCCCGCCAGAGAGGCCGGUGGUGAAGCCACGAGAGUGUGGGGUGUACGGGCUACGCAGAAACUGUUUCCGUGAAGUGGUGAAUACCUUUUACAGGGAUUCAUUCUUUGCUUGUAAUGCCAUCACCAUUAGCGUCCUUCAACGCGUGAAAGAAGGAAAUGAUGCCUUGUUAUCUCGAAAGGUGUUCCGUGUUGACCAAUCGCUGGAAGACGUGUGUCCCAUGACCAUGGAUGCAUUCGAGGAGCUUCAGGUCGGGUUUGUUCGCCAGAAUGCGCAGUUUAUUCGGGAGAAAUGGGUUCCAGACAUCACAAAAUACAUUAAAAACGCCUUUUCUCAUUGCAUGGGGGCUUCCGAUGUGAGUUUACAUCUUCCCGAGAGUGUGUAUGGGGGAUCGAAGACACAACGUCUCAUGUGCACCAUCACGCUACAGAUGCAGGACGCCCUACGGACUUUUUUAACGCGUGAGUUGGGUAAAUUUGCCUCCUUUCUCGAAAUGGCGGCCAAUUACACGGUUCAGGUGCGGGGUAUUUCUGAUGUGAAGGUCGUGCCGCAUCAGGAUCGGAAAAAUAUGAGAAUUACGCCUCUUUUCAAGGUUACUCUUGUUGAAGGGGAUUCACGAACUCUUAUGUAUACUACAACCGCCACAGACUUUUCCAAGAUGCUGACGGAACUCAUUAACCGCUGCUUGACGUUACACACUGGGUUACGUUCUGUGGAGCGGCAACUGUUUAGCUUUCUUUACGACCCUGGCACGGCUUUUGUAUCCUCCAUUGAUGGAGAGGAUCCGGUUGUUCAAUCUUGCCUAAAGCGCCUUGUGGAGACACUCACACGUGCCGGGGUACCUCUUGCUGAGUACAUUGCAAAGUAUGAGGUAUUUGAAGAUCUAGUCGCGCUUGAUGUGUCGCAGUAUGUGGAAUCUUUUAGGGUGCAGUUUACAUCCACCAAGGGAGUGGAGGACGAGAUUGAACGCUUCAUUAAAAAGCGAGCCGACAUUAGCGCACAGAUUCCUCGUUUUGUGGACAUGGGCCUGUUCCAGGUUGACUGCACGGAUCUGAGGCGGCAGCUGGCAAACAAGUGCACUCAAAUUACCAACAGCAUCCUUGAAGUUCUGCUGCAGCGUGUGAAUUUGAAGGUGGCGGACGUGAACGAAGGGUUCCGUGCCAUACGAGAAAGUCUUAUGAAGCCAACCGAAACACCCGAGGAAGUUGUGGAGCGGAACGAGUUUAUCCGCAUGAUUCCCGAAAAGGUAUUUGACCUGCAGACGACGAUAGUUGAGAUCCAGCAGAUUAACGCCAUUUUGGAUACCUUCCAGGUGCCACUCUCAGAGGAUGACUUCAACAGAAAGUGGAUGGCCAUUGGCUGGCCCGCCCAGCUGGACGAUGAGAUCAUUCGGCGACAGAACGAACUGGAGCAGACGAGACGAAGUCUUAUUGUUAAUAUGCGCAAGUCACAGGAGGCGUUUCAAGAGAAGAUUUCUCAGAUGCAGCUCACUGUGGGAGGGUUUCAUCGCCGCACAAAUGUCAACAAGAUUAACGAGAUUGUUGCGGAUGUGCAUGCAAUACAGGAGCACAUUCAAAGUCUCAUUGGGACGGCCAACACAUUCAACACACAUGAGUCUCUCUUUGGGCUUGAAACGACCGAUUACGGUGUCGUACGGGAGCUCUCAUCCGACUUUGAUUCCUUUGCUACACUUUGGCUUGCUGUUUAUGACUGGAACGUGGCAAUACGAGAUUGGUAUAACAAGCCGUUUACGGAUAUUGAUGCGGAGGAGAUGGAGCAGCGGGUUAUGAAGAACUACCAGAGUGUCAGCAAGAGCACCCGUGACCCAAAGCUUACCGGGCUUCUUAUUGACAUUGCUCAAAAAACCAAGACAAAGAUUCAGGAAUUCAAGCCAAUGCUGCCGUUCGUUAAGUACCUGCGCACAGAGGGCCUGAAGGAGCGUCACUGGGACCAGAUCUCAAAGGAGGUUGGCCACGAGAUACGGCCGGGCAAGACCCUCAUAUCGCUCAAUGAUCUUACUGCCCUGAAGGUGACGGAAUAUGAGGAGAUUUUGUCGCGCAUAUCCGAGGUGGCAUCGCGCGAGUACCAGAUUGAGACAUCCCUCAAGAAGAUGAAAGCAGACUGGGAAAACAUUCAACUCAAAGUCCAGGCAUACAAGUCAACGGACUGCUACGUGCUGCCAAAGGAUUCCGUCGACACAAUACAAGAGGAACUGGAUGAUCAGACGCUCAUUACACAGUCUCUUAGUUUCUCUCCAUUUAAGAAGAUGUUUGAAAAUGACAUUGCAGCCUGGGAAGUUUCCAUCCGAAAGAUACAAAAUGUGAUGGAUGAGUGGCUUGUCUGUCAGAAGGCGUGGUUGUACCUGGAGCCCAUCUUCCAGUCAGAGGACAUUGUACGUCAGUUGCCUCGUGAGGCAAAACGGUUUCAGAAAGUGCAUGAAAACUGGCACGAUCUCACAAACAAGGCGAAUGAAAUUGGUUUGGUGCUAAAAUUCUGUGAGCCUAAUGAAUCCCUCGAGAAGUUUAAGGAAAAUAAUGGACUUCUGGAACUUAUUCAGCGUGGAUUAAACCAGUACCUGGAGAGUAAACGCUCCUCCUUCGCACGCUUCUACUUCCUUUCAGAUGAUGAGCUCCUCACGAUAUUAUCUGAGGCACGUGAUCCGAGGAAGAUUCAACCACACUUCCGUAAAUUGUUUGAGAACAUCAUGGAGAUUGAAAUGCGUGAGCCGAUCAAUGAGAUGUACGGUAUGUACUCUCAGAUGCGGGAAUACAUCCCCUUUGAUAGCUCCAUUAUUCCGCGCAAAAACAUUGAAAAUUGGCUCACAGAAAUUGAAAACAUGAUGCAGAUUUCUAUUCGUUCUCAGCUGGCUCAGGGCCUGAAGAAUUGUGUGGAGAAGGGACGGAAGUUUUUCAUCUUAAACUCUCCGGGUCAAGUCGCGAUUGCCGUCAACCAGAUCAUGUGGACGCAUGAUUGCGAGGAAAAUUUUAAGGCACACGGCUCAUUGGAGCCACAUCUUCCCAAAGCGAAGGCCAAUUUAAUGGAACUUGUGGAGUUGGUGCGGCAGCCACUUUCGAAUUUACAACGCAUGAAUCUCAGUGGACUGAUCACAAUUGAAGUGCACGCCAGGGACAUUGUGGAAAAUCUUGCAGAAGAUAAAAUUGAUAGUAUUUACGCCUUUGAGUGGAUCUCACAACUUCGCUCAUACUGGGAAAACAAUGACUGUUACUUACGCCAAGUGGAAGCACAAUUUCGGUAUGGUGGGGAGUACCUUGGAAACACAACACGUCUUGUUGUCACACCGCUAACAGACCGUAUUUACUUGACGCUUACAGGGGCAAUGCAUAUGUUCCUCGGUGGUGCCCCCGCAGGCCCAGCCGGUACAGGCAAAACAGAAACAGUGAAGGACCUGGCCAAAGCCGUGGCCAAGCAGUGCGUUGUUUUUAACUGUCAGGAAGGUAUGACAUACGCAUCUAUGGGAAAGUUUUUUAAAGGACUUGCCCAGGCAGGUGCGUGGGCCUGUUUUGAUGAAUUUAACCGUAUUGAUGUGGAGGUUUUGUCUGUUGUGGCGCAGCAGGUUUCAUCUUUGCAGGAAGCAGCGCGCACCAAGCAGUAUCGUAUUGCGUUUGAAGGGACGGAAAUUAUUGUGGACCCUUCUUAUUCGGUGUUUAUCACCAUGAACCCCGGGUACGCAGGGAGGACGGAAUUGCCAGAUAACUUGAAAGUUCUGUUCCGCCCCGUUGCCUGCAUGGUGCCAGACUACGCCAUGAUUGCAGAGAUCCGUCUCUUCUCGUUUGGUUACUCGAACUCGCGGACUUUGGCCCAAAAGAUGGUAGCUACAUUCCGGCUGAGUUCUGAGCAGUUAUCUUCGCAAGAUCACUAUGAUUUUGGUAUGCGUGCUGUGAAUACUGUUAUAUCUGCCGCAGGUCUCAUGAAGCGUGAGUCUCCUGAUGAAGAAGAGGAUGUUCUUUUGCUCCGUGCUUUGCGUGAUUCCAACAUGCCAAAGUUUUUGGAAGAGGAUCUACUACUUUUCUCUGGCAUCAUCUCUGAUCUCUUUCCCGGUGUGGAACUUCCCCCACGUGACUACGGCUCAUUGUUGGGUGUUCUCCGGGAAACGGCACUGGAGAUGCAUUUGGAGCCCACCGAAAUGUUUGUAAAGAAGUGUGUGCAACUGUUUGAAAUGAAUGUUCUCCGACAUGGUCAGAUGAUUGUUGGACCCACCAUGGGAGGAAAAACAUCCAGUGCUCGUGUGCUUCAAGCUGCUUUGACAAAACUACGGGUUGAAAUGAAUGAAGAACGGUUUGCGGAGGUGCACAUACACAGUUUGAAUCCCAAAUCCAUCACAAUGUCGCAGUUGUAUGGCGGCUUUGACGAAGCAACAGCAGAAUGGCGUGAUGGACUUAUUGGAGAACUGUUUCGCACCGCCGCCCGUGAUACCACGGACAGCAAACAGUGGAUUUACUUUGAUGGACCCGUAGAUGCUUUGUGGAUCGAAUCCAUGAACACUGUACUUGAUGAUAACAAGAAACUCUGUCUUAUUUCCGGUGAAAUUAUUGCCAUGACGCCGUACAUGAGUUGUUGGUUUGAGGUGGAAGAUCUUGCGGUGGCGUCCCCAGCCACGGUGUCUCGUGCAGGGAUGAUUUAUAUGGAACCUGUAAGUUGCAUCGGUGUGGAGGCCUUUAUUGCAACAUGGCAGCGUCAUCGACUCCCCAUCACGAUGGAUCCGUACAAGGAGGCUUUAGGGAAGUUUUGCACCGCCCUAUUCCCCGCCCUUAUUGAAUUUGUGCGUCAGGAUGUGGUGGAAUACAGUCCAUCUGUAUGGCCCAACUUGGUUGUCUCAUGCUUCAACAUUUUUGAGGCCUUGUUAAUUCCCUUCACGCCUACUCGGACGAUGGAAGUGCCACAAGCCCGGUUGGAACGACUCAAAGAAGCGCAUAUGCAUCUCUUUUUAUUCGCUGUCGUGUGGUCUUUCGGCGCUACAGGUGACAUGGAUAGUCGGCAGCGGUUUGACCAGUUCAUUCGGACGCAGCUGAACAACCUCGAGGUGUCCAUCAAACUUCCAGUUAUUGGCUGCAUUCAAGACUAUGAGUUUGUUUUGGAUGAGGCUCGGUGGGUGUUGUGGACGGACCGUCUUCCAGCCUUUACCGCGCAGGUCACGGCACAAAACAUUGCGGACAUCAUUGUGCCCACGGCAGAUGUUGCACGAUAUAAAUUUAUCAACAAACUUCUUCUUGAAAAGUCUUUUCACACGCUUUGUUGUGGCCCAACCGGCACUGGAAAGACCGUACUCUUACAGCAACUGCUCAUGCAUGGGAUGCCAAAGGAGUUUACGCCCAUUUUCUUUACAUUUUCCGCACGCACAAGUGCCAACCAGACACAGGAUCUUAUUUUCUCCAAGUUUGAAGUUCGACGUCGCGCCUCGCCGCAGAUAUGGGGUGCACCGGUAAACCAGAAAUUUGUUAUUUUUAUUGACGAUAUGAACAUGCCCGUGAAGGAGCAGUACGGGGCGCAGCCCCCCAUUGAGAUUCUGAGACAAUACAUGGAUUAUAAUGGCUGGUACGACCGUAAAACACGAGAGUUCUUUCAAAUUGUGGAUGUUGUUUUUGCGGGCGCGAUGGGACCACCCGGCGGUGGCAGGACUCAUGUCAGUCAGCGCUUCCUUCGUCACUUCAACCAAAUCGCCUUUCCGGAAAUGGAUGAGGACAGCAUGAAGCGUAUUUUCCUUUCCAUUCUGGAAAUUUAUUUUAAGCCCUUUGGCGAGGAACUAAGUAGUAAACUCUCCUCCAUUGUGAAUGCCUCCAUUGGCAUUUUCUACACUGUCACGAAGGAACUGCGACCAACCCCUUCGCGGCCACAUUAUCUUUUUAACUUGCGUGACGUCGCUCAAGUGGUGAGUGGACUGCUUAAGGCCACUCCAAAGAAGACAACCAGCCUCGUUGACCUCCUACGACUAUGGGUACAUGAGGAAAUGCGCACAUUCAGGGACCGUCUUACCACAGUGGAGGACAGAGAGUGGUUUGAUGAGCAGCUGCAGCGGCAGAUUGAGAAGCAUAUCAAGGUCCCAUUUACAGAGAUUGUGCCACCCGAAACGGGCACCGAUGGUCUCUUAUUUGUAGAUUUCCUCGAUACCAAAUCGGAUCAGCUGUUCUAUGAAGAAGUAAAGAAACCCGAGAAACUCGUCAAAGUACUGGAAGAUAAAUUGGUAGAGUACAACAAUGUUUCUUUUCACAAGAUGAAUAUUGUGAUGUUUGCCUACGCAGUGGAGCACAUUUGUCGAAUUGCACGUGUUAUUCGAAGACCCAACGGACAUGUGCUUCUUCUUGGUGUUGGAGGCUCUGGACGACAGUCUCUUUCCCGUGUCGCUGCAUUCCUUAACGAUUUUGAGGUGUUUCAAGUGGAGAUCUCGAAAAGUUACUCCAUGAACACCUGGCAUGAGGAUAUAAAGACGGCCCUUCGACGUGUUGCAUUUCAUAAUAAGCAGGUGUUGUUCCUAUUUACCGACACGCAAAUUGUGAACGAGUCCAUGUUGGAGGAUGUUAAUAACCUCCUUAACUCGGGUGAAGUGCCGAAUCUUUUUGUGGGGCCGGAAUUGGAUGAUGUGUUCAACGCCAUGAAGCCCGUGUGUAUUGCGGAGGGCAUUCAGCUCGACAAGGUGGGCAUGUACGCUCGAUUUGUCAAGUUUUGCAAGUUUAACCUGCACGUGUCACUUUGCAUGUCCCCUCUUGGGGAACCGUUUCGCAACCGACUCCGUAUGUUUCCGGCCCUGGUGAAUUGCUGCACGAUUGAUUGGUUUACGGCAUGGCCAACGCAGGCGUUGCGGAGUGUGGCGCACAAUUACUUUACGAAACUUAAAUUAGUCCCUGCGGAGGAAUUGGAUAAGUGCACGGAUUUAUGUGUUACUAUUCAUCAAAGCGUGGAGGAAAUCUCCAUCCGCUUUCUUGAGGAGACACGGCGCCACAACUACGUUACACCCACCUCCUUUUUGGAGCUGCUCCACACCUUUAAACGCCUUUUGGAAUCGCAAACAGAGAUGGCAAACAUGACGACGCACCGCUUGCAGAAUGGUUUGACAAAACUGCGUGAGACGGAAAACGCGGUUGCUGGCCUUCAGCAGACCCUGGAGAAGAAUCAGCCCAUUUUGAUUCAGAAAGGGGAAUCCAUCAAGAAACUUAUGGAGGAGAUUGUCAUUCAGACGGAAUCUGCCGAAGAAACAAAGCGAGAGGCUCAAACAGAAGAGGCGGCGGUGGCGGCCAAGCAGCGUGAGUGCGCCGCCAUUGAGGCUGAGGCACAAGACCAACUUAGUGAGGCAUUGCCUGAAUUGGAUCGCGCCUUGGCGAGUUUGGCGAAUUUGAAGUCCUCGCAGAUCACGGAGGUGGCUGGUUACAAGGCACCCACGCCGGGUGUGGUGAUGACCAUGCAGGGGAUCAGUAUUCUCUUUCAAAUCAAACCCAUCAUGCGUGCUGCGGGGCCCAUGGAGGAAAAGAAACCAGACUAUUGGGCCACGGCCAAGGAACAGCUUUUGAAUAAUCCCAAUCUGUUGAUGCAGCGCUUGAUUAACUACGACAAGGAACAUAUUCCUGAACGACUUAUUCAGGCGGUUAUGCCGUUAGUUUCUUCUGAGGACUUCACGCCAAAGAAAAUUGCGGGUGCAAGUCAGGCAUGCGCGGCAAUGUGCCAGUGGACUCAUGCCAUGGUGAAGUUUCAUGAAGUCAACAAGAAAGUUGAGCCACUACGGCAACGUUUGGCUGUGGCCCAAGAAGACAACCGCGUCUUUCAAGAGAAGCUUCGCAUAGCUCAGGCCCAAUUGGAAGAUGUUGCGAGGAAAUUGGAGAAAUUGCAAGCUGACAAGACACGGGCUGAAGAAGAAAUGAAUGAACUGGAACAUGUGGUGCAGCUUACGGAAAUCAAACUUGGACGAGCGGCCAUGCUUAUUGACGGACUGGUAGGUGAGAAGAAGAAUUGGACGAGUACUAUGCAAGAAAUUAAUGAGAAUUCCAAGUAUCUGUUGGGUGAUAUGAUAGCGGCGGCCGGGCAAAUCGCGUACGUAGGGCCCUUUACUACCUUGUACCGAAAUGAUCUACUAAAUGGCUGGAAAAACGAGUUAAAGAAUCACGGAAUUCUGCAUCAUGCGCAGCUUUCCGUGUAUCACACCUUACAGGAUCCCAUUGUCACUCAGGGUUGGAACGUCAAUGGACUUCCUACGGAUGUGUUAUCGGUGGAGAAUGCCAUUAUCAUGUCGAAUGCACGUCGCUGGCCACUUAUGAUUGACCCCCAGAACCAGGCGAACAAGUGGAUUCGGCAAACCUAUCCAGAGGGAAUAGAAGUUUUGAAACCUAGCCAAAAGGAUGUGAUUAAACGUAUCGAAUACGCCGUCCGUUCAGGUCGCGCCGUACUCUUGGAAAAUGUUGGAGAGAGCAUUGAUGCCAGCCUUGCUCCUCUUCUUGCAAAGCAGACAUUUAAGCAAGGUGGACAAGAAAUGAUUCGUCUUUCGGAGCAUGCCAUUCCAUGGAAUCAGGAAUUUAAGUUUUACAUGACGACCAAGUUGCCAAACCCGCACUACAUUCCGGAGGUCAUGGUGCAGGUCACAUUGCUGAACUUUUUCAUUACCCCACAAGGACUAGAGGAUCAGCUUCUUGGCGUCGUCGUGGGACAGGAACGCAAGGAACUGGAAAUACGUCGGAGCGACUUGAUUAAAGGCAACGCUGCCAUGCGAGCUGAGGUGGCCAACAUUCAGAAAACCAUUUUGCGUAAAAUGGAAGAGGUCACGGGCGAUAUUUUGGAUGAUGAGAGCCUUAUUGAGUACCUGAACCAGUCGAAGGCCACAACAGAUGAAAUUAAGAUUAAAGUGGAGGAGGCGGAAGAGGCGGAGAAGGAAAUAAAUGCAAGUCGAGAGUUGUAUCGUCCGGUUGCACGUCAUUCUUCAUGUUUAUAUUUUUGUUGUGCGACGCUAUCAAAUGUGGAUCCCAUGUACCAGUACUCCCUGCAGUGGUUUGUGCGGCUCUUUAUUAAUGGCAUCGAAUCCGCUGAAGAAUCGGAGGAUCUUGAAAAACGGCUUCAAAAUUUGAAGGAUUACUUCACGUACAGUUUUUACCAAAACAUCAGUCGAUCACUCUUUGAAAAGCAUAAAAUUAUGUUUUCCUUCUUUCUUUGUGUGCGUAUCUUACAGCAGGCAGGUGGCAUCGACGAUGAUGAGUUUCGUUUUCUCCUGCAGGGACCGUCCAUGACUUCCAAAACGCAGCCAAAUCCAGCGCACUCUUGGCUUACCGACUCUACAUGGGCAGAAAUUUGUUACCUCUCAGCCAAUUUCUCAUGUUUUAGAGGAAUUUCUUCGCACAUUGCUGAUAAUUUGGAACAUUAUCGUGGGAUUUUCAUGUCAUCUACAGCCCACAGAGAAAAAUUAAAGGGAAUAUACGAGCAGCGUCUGAAUUCCCUGGAGCGUAUGAUGUUUCUUCGUUGUCUUCGGCCAGACAAAUUGAUGGCGGCGGUACAAGACUUUGUACGGGACAAUCUGGGGGAGCGUUUUAUUCGCCCGCCUCCGUUUGAUCUCUUCACAUCCUUUAAGGAGUCCAGCCCCACUACACCACUUAUUUUUAUCCUCUCCCAGGGUGCAGAUCCCUUUGAGGACUGGAAAAAGUUUGCAGAGUCGCAGAAUAUGGGUAAGAAGCUUUCUGACAUCUCGCUCGGUCAAGGACAAGGUCCUCGUGCCGAACGUAUGUUACAGGAAGGUAUGGAAAAUGGGACGUGGGUUCUUUUACAAAACUGUCAUUUGGCGACAUCAUGGAUGCCGACUCUGGAACGACUCGUGGAGGCCAUUAGCCCCGGUAUUCACCCCUCCUUUCGUCUCUGGCUUACAUCUAUGCCCAAUCCAUACUUUCCAGUCUCUGUGCUGCAAAAUGGUGUCAAAAUCACAAAUGAACCACCGAAAGGCAUGCAGGCCAACGUCACACGCUCUCUUUUGAGUUACCCCGAGGAAUAUUUUGAAUCCUGCCGCAAACCGAAGGAAUUUAGAAAAUUGUUUUUUGCAAUGUCCUUCUUUCAUGCUCUGAUUCAGGAACGUCGUAAGUUUGGUCCGUUGGGAUGGAAUAUCCCCUACGAAUACACGUCGGGAGAUUUGGGAUGUUGCGUCACUCAGAUUCGCAUGUUUUUGGAAAAGUACAACGAGGUUCCAUACAAAGUCAUUAGGGAGCUCAGUGGUAAUAUUCACUACGGCGGUCGUGUCACGGAUGAUUGGGAUCGACGAACCCUUAAUACGAUACUAGAGGUAUUUAUCUCUCCUGAGGUAAUGGAAGAUGGUUACAGCUUUUCUCCGUCAGGUGUUUAUCACUCCAUUCCCACCGGGAUGCAGAAGCAUUAUUUGGAUUACAUUGAUUCUUGGCCUCUCAAUACAAACCCUGAGAUUUUUGGAUUGCAUGAAAAUGCCGAUAUCACAUGUGCACGUAAUGAGACAUUUGAAACAUUGGAGGCAAUAGUUGCCCUACAAGGCGAGGCCACACGAAAGAAUGCCUUGGGUAAGUCCCCAGAUGAAAUAGUUGUGGAUUUGGCUAAGCUUAUUCAAGGAAAGAUAAGCGAUUCAUUUGAUCUUGCAAAGUUUCACAAGAGAUAUCCUACGAAGUAUGAAGAUUCCAUGAAUACGGUGCUCGUACAGGAGGCGAUCCGAUUCAAUAAUCUUACGGCGGUGGUGCGAGAAACACUGGAGGCACUUUCUCUUGCUAUUAAGGGUGAAGUGUUGAUGAAUCGAGAGCUGGAGGAAGUGUAUCGCUGCCUUUACAACAACCAAGUUCCUGGCCAGUGGUCGGAGCGGGCAUAUCCGAGUCUCAAACCACUUGGCUCAUGGGUGGAUGAUUUGGCGCAACGAUUGGCAAUGAUUCAGGCAUGGUAUGAGGGAGGGCACCCAAAUGUGUACUGGAUAUCUGGUUUCUUCUUCCCACAGGCUUUCUUGACGGGUAUUCUGCAAAAUUUUGCUCGUAGAAAACAAAUUUCCAUUGAUACCGUAAGUUACGGAUUUGAAUGGAUAAACACGGAUCCUGGCACGGUAACUGCACCCCCUCAAACGGGUUGUUAUGUACACGGCAUAUUUAUUGAAGGUGCACGGAUUGAUCGGCAAACCCUGCAGCUUGCGGAGUCCAUGCCGAAGGUGCUAUUUGAGCAAGUCCCCAUGUUGUGGCUUAAUCCUAUCAUCAAUAAGGAGAAGCCAAGGAAUGACGUGUACAUAUGCCCCCUUUACAAGACACCCCGUCGUGCUGGUACACUGAGUACCACGGGCCACUCGACAAACUACGUCCUCACGAUGGAAAUACCCACCACAGUAGAUCCUAAACAUUGGAUAAAGCGUGGUGUUGCGUGUGUUUGCGCAUUGAGCUCCUAA